UGAAACACUACGCAGGUCGUACACGCUUUCUAAGCUUUGCGGAGAUUUCUUUUGGUUCAUUCUGGCAUAAUUUUUGUGCUACUGGAGAUCAUGAACUAAUAUCAACCCUUGUCAUUUUUUUUAUUUUUUACAGCGCGUCCAAUACGAUGCACUCCUACGUUCGUCCCCACCAAUACGUCGCAUUGCGGCUCCCCUCCGAGUUCACGAAAAUCCAGAAGAUUGAACCCGACUCAACAGUCUUCCUCGGAAAGUUCGGAAGCUUCCCCGCGAACCAGAUCAUCGGGCGACCUUUCUACCUGACCUUCGAGAUUCUUGACAACGCAGACGAAAAAGAUGGAAGCUGUCUGCGCAUGGUCCCUGCGGCUGAACUACAUGCCGAGACAUUAAUUGCAGAUGGGGAAGGAGACGGCGACGAGGUCGACACAAACGAGGAUGGGACGCCGAUGCGCACCAACCGCGAAACGAUCGACGACGCGUCGACUCAAAAGUUGACGUGGCAGGAGAUCGAGGAACUGAAAAAGGAAUCUGGCGGGGCGGGCAGGGAGAUUAUCUCAAAGAUCUUGGAGUCUCAUUCGGCCUUGGACCAGAAGACGACUUUCUCCCUCGCCAAGUAUAUGCUGCGGAAGCGCAGAAAGUACAUGCAGCGAUUUACAGUUCUUCCGUUGGACGUGGGCAUACUUACGAAUCACAUGAUGGAGGAUCAAGGCGCAGCGAAGAUUAUGGAAAUGCGCGACGAGAUGAUUGGGCUCCUGGGUUGCUGGGGAAAUGUGCACCACGGUGGUAGCGCUUCGCUUGAUGAGACUCUCGCGGCGAAGCCUAACGGUCGCUAUCUCGUUGUCGAUGACACAGGAGGGUUGGUGGUUGCGGCGAUGGCUGAGAGGAUGGGAAUUCUGUACCCACAUGAUGGCGACGACUAUGAGGAGCAAACGUCGUCUGACGAGCCCAAGAAGAGUGAACCAGAGCAGGCGCAGGAUGAUGAGCAACAGCCGACGGAUUCCUCCUCGCGCCGUCCAGCCCGUCCAGCCCAUAUGUCCGCAUCAGGGAAUAGCAUUACAUUCGUUCAUCCAAACAAGCAAGCCAACUUAUCCCUCCUGAAAUACUUCGGCUAUAACCAAGAUAACCCCGACGAGACACAUCCUCUCCACACACAUCUAAAGACCGUUUCAUGGUUGCAACUCCUGGACCCUAACUCCGACCCUAUCUACGCCCAAGAACCAGAGGUGAUCCCGGACUCUGAGCUAUACUCCAUGAAAUCCAACAAGCGGGGCGCUUAUCAUAGGAAGCGAAACAGGUGGGCGCGCGUUCAGAGCGUCGUCAACGAGGCCCGGGCGGGAGAAUUCGACGGUCUUAUCGUUGCAACCCUCAUGGAUCCUCUAAGCGUCCUGAAGCACGCAGUCCCGUUAUUAGCAGGCUCAGCCCACGUCGCAGUCUACUCCCCAUCAAUCGAACCCCUCACCGAACUAAUGGACCUUUAUUCGACACCGAGAAAAUCAGCAUUCAUAAGCCGAAGGCAACAACUCAAAGAACGGAUGUUACAACAGUCAAGAGAACAAACCGAACCGCAAGAUUCUCAGCUCUCGGAAUUAAUGGAUGAGUUCCACCUUGAUCCCACCCUCUUGCUGGCACCUUCACUUCAGACCUCCCGAGUACGUCCCUGGCAGGUACUCCCCGGACGCACGCAUCCUCUCAUGUCUAUGCGCGGUGGCGCUGAGGGUUAUAUAUUCCAUGCUAUUCGAGUUAUUCCUACCCAACAGACAAUCCAGGCUGCAGGCAACCCAGGCCGGAAAAAGAGAAAGGUCGUGGCGCAGGAGGCGCCUACGCCCACGGCCGACAGCGGCAGUGGUCUAGAUGUUGAGAUGAAGUCAUGAUUUUAUUCAUUAGGUCACGAGGGCCUUCUGGCUCUCGUGGAUUAACCUUGCAUUAUUACCGUGUAAAC